UUGGAUUUUGCUUACUUAUAACGAAAUUUACGAUGAAUCGAUGGAGAUCUAGUUGGGAGAGAAUUGUAACAAGCAAAAAAUAACGACAGGAACUUGGAGUUCAAUGAAAUACCGAAAAUGUAAUCCACCCAUAUUCAAGUUCGAGACAUUACUGUCCCUAUUUCUUUUCCUUUUCCUCUGUCGUUGGCGAAGCUCUAUCCGACCUUAUUUUCUCCCCAACCCCACGCCACUUCCCCUGGGCCAAAUCCCCUUUCAAACCACCAACCUUCCGAAAAAGCUCCAAUGCACGAUCAAUGUAAUCUACAUCCAGGUUGUCCAUGUCAGCACCGAGCCAGCGUUGAGCAAAAAGUUGCAGCGCUAGCUCAAACUAGCUAAAAUCGCUCCGUCGUCUCGCCCAGGAUACGACGUUUAUGCCUCUACGUCGUGCAGUGAGGAAAGAGAUAGGAUACUGGAAGAACGUACGGGCCCCCCGACAUAACAGCAGAUCUCAGCAGAUGCAACGCAGAAGACUC